AUGACACUGCCACCACAACCAGCGCCCAGCGAGCCGUUUAAGGUGGUUCCAAUACAUAAGCAUCGCGAGCUGAUGGACCAGUGUAUUGCGCUGAUAAACUCCGAGUGGCCGCGCUCGUACUCGGCCCGGCUCUGGAGUCUGGAGUCUUCCAAAGAAACGCUUCCGACAAGCUUCGUACUGACGGCGAACGUGAAGAACGAAACCGUGGUGCUUGCCCAUGCCAAACUGUCACCGAUUCCAGCUGACCGUGAGGCCGUGUUCGUGGAAAGCGUAGUGGUAACACGGGAACGCCGUGGCCAGGGCAUUGGACGAAUGCUGAUGCAGGAGGUGGAAAACCAUUGUUUCGAGAAAUUGCACCUAAAGAAAAUCUAUCUUUCCACGAUCGACCAGGAGGCAUUUUACGCUAAGCUCGGGUAUACGCUGUGCAGUGCAAUUAAUAUAUUUGGCUCUCGUCCCACGCUCAACAAGAGUACCAAAAAAACGUGGAUGUUCAAGAGUAAGCCACACUAGAGCUGCAAGCACAUAA